AUGAUUUCACAAUACAUAUAAAUAAGUCGUUUAAAUAGUCCAACGACUCAUUGCUAUUAAGUCGUUCGAAUAAUUGAAACCUAGACUUCGUUUCUUCUAAUAAGAUUUCGUUUCGGCUUUUUAGAAAUACGUCAUAUUUGAAAGAUCAAGAGUAAAGUAUGCCUAGAAACAGAAAAGAAUUAGAAGUGAGGUUUAUACGAUACACACAAGAUGUACUUGAUGAUACAUUCGAUGACGGUACACGUUUAAGCGACACAUUAGAUGGUCUACGAAAUAAACGAUACAAAAUAAACGAUAAAAUACCAAAAAUAACAGUAGUAAAGAAGGAUGAAAUUUAUUUUUGCAAAGACAACAGAGAACUGUGGGUGUUGAAAGGGUUUGCAGCUUUCUUGGAGGAAACUGAAAAUGUUUUGUUAAAGGUACCUGUACAAUUUGGAAAAUUAGAAAAUUUGAAAAUGACAACUACAACAGAGGGCGAGGAUGUCAGGUUACGUCAUAAAGGGUCUACUGAAGAAUUCAAUAAUAUCAAAUCCGUAGAGCUGUCGACAAUUCGUUACAGCGCUGAUAAAAUUUAUGGAUUUUCCCGAUCAGGUGAAGAUGAAUUAAAAAUCUUCUUAUCCAAACACCGCGACCCUAGUAAAUUACCAGUGUUGGAUGUUGUCAAAAGAAAGGGAAAAUUGUAUGCUUUACAUAAUAUUCAACUGUGGCUAGUGAAGCACUGGUUUCAGAUGAAACAUGGUGGCGUGAAUGAUGAAGGGAAACAACAUUCUCCUAAUAUCGAUGAAAGUACUGAUAGUCCAAACAUUGAAAGUGAUAUCGACAGCCAGGGCCUUGAAGGUGCCGUUGCAAUUGAUGACACGGAUCGUGCAAAUGUAGAAACAAAAUUAUUCACAGAUAAACAAGAAGAAGAAUUUCACGACGAUGUUGUUAUAGUGGAUAUGAAACCGUAUGAUAAAUAUCCCGAAAAUACCGCUCUUGAAAACGAAGGCCUAUCUAUAAAAUUGGUACUGGAAUCGAAACCAAACAAAAGCUCACAUCCUAAAUACAGACAACUUACAAGACAGAGUGCAUCGAACGAUCGGAGGAGUGUAAGAGAAUACGGAGACGCAUGCAAAUCAAAGCAGAGAAGGCGCUGAAUUUGUUUGGGUCUCAGAAUGUCAGAAAGGUGAAGGUUGUGAGAUUAUAAAACAAUUUGUUUUUGUAUAGUGCCACCAAUGCUUUCAAACGUUUUAAUUGUAGUAGAUUGGCAAUAAGACUAAUUGCAACACUGAUAUUCGAUCCAAUGUUUAUUUGACUUGAACAAUUUGAAAAAAAAAAUGACUUGUUGUAAUUGGGAUUUGAACUCCAGACCUCUCGCUUCCUAAGCGAGUGCGCAAACCCCUCGGCUACGGUGAAUUUAAAUGUUAACGGCCUGAAGAAAACCAUAUUAUUCUAUUCAGGGUUUGUAACGACGCUAACUGUUGUUUAACACUUGUGUAAAUAAUCAUGGCGCUUACUAUAAGCAUGAAUAAAACAAUAUUAGAAAUAUUCGACCAUUCAGGAAUAUUUUGCUUGAAAAUUAAUCCGCCUGUUAUGUGACCAUAUUUACGCAGUGAUCUCCCCUAAAUUUUUCAGCCUAAGUGUUACAUAUAAAGGGAAGUAACCGCUUCAAAAAAGCUGACUACUUACGGCACUUGCAAUUAACAGCAUUAGAGUCUGAAAUUUCGCUACCAUUAUUUGUUUGGUCUGACGACCCAAACAAAUAAAAACAACCGAUCGGAACAAUAAAAAGUAAAGAAUUACAAAGGAUAGUUUAAUGAAGCUUUUUACUAACUAUACACCGUAUUGUGAUGUUCAAUGAUAAAUUCAAGAUGAUGUUUUGGUUUAUCUGAAAACUAUGAAAAUUAUAUGUUUCAAGAUAUAUCAAACGCUACAUUGCAUUGGAUUCGUCUAUUGUGUCAGCCAUCGAAUAUCUUAUUUAAUCAUUUACUGAAUAUACUGUCGCAGUUGAACAACAUCAAUUUAUUUUUAAUUCAUUGGCCAUAUUACUGCACCAUCUUUUGCUUCUGUUGCUUUUUUUGCAAUAAGUAUAUAUUUAGUGAAUACUAUGUGUGAUAAGCAUCUUUCAUGCUCUAAAACCAUAAUCAUUAUAAAACUAAUGUUGCCCCUUAGAAGGAAAAACAUUGUCGUUUCUGAGGAAUAAUUAAUGUGCCUUGAUGGAAAUUGAGAUUGUCUUUGGGUGCACACUCGUGUAUGUAUGACAGCUUUAUAUUUGUAAUCAAAUGAAUUAUCAAUGAACUUAGUAAACGGCAUAUGUAGGUCGUACUAUUUCAUUUAAUUUCUUUUUGUAAAGAGAAUUAGUUAGCUUUAUAUAAGUGAAAUACACGUAAAAACAAAUUAUUGACUUCUUCUCAUAAAUUAUUGAGUAUUUAUCAUCUUUUAAUGGACCAUUUUGAAUUACCUUUUUUCUGUAAAUCAUUGUUGCAUUUAUACAGAAUAGCGAUACAAAAGUGAAAUAGCUGCAUGAUCUCUUGCAUUCUAAAACAUCAACGAUAUAAAAACAAUCCCAGGUUUUUGUAUAAUAUUGUUGCUUUGAAGUCAAGAUGGUUGAAUUACAUUAUAAGAUGGUAAAAAGGAUAAAUAGGUGAGGUCACACACACAUCCUUGAAUUCAGCAACAUACGAGUAGAUUAUCAAAGAUGCUGAACACUAUCAGGACAGUGAGAGACAUUGAAACUUCAAGUCGUAAAUUUUAGUCGUUAUAUAAAUGUUUGUUAUUAGUGAGAGUGAA